AUGAGUGCACAAUAUAUUUUUGGAAGAGGUCGAUCUCGUCAACCAAGUGUGACAGUUGAGCAUCAUUAUCGAAUAGAUAUAUUCUUGGCAACAAUUGACUCUCAAAUACAAGAGUUGAAUAGUAGAUUUAAUGAGCAAACAAUAGAGCUUUUGACUUUGAGUUGUGCUUUGGAUCCUAAGGACAAUUUCAAAUCAUUUAACAUUGAAGAAAUUAGCAAGUUAGCAGAGAAGUUUUAUCCCCUUGACUUUCCUUCUAAUGAGCUAAAUAUUUUGAAAUCUCAGUUGCAACAUUAUCAGCAUGAUAUACCAAAUCAUUUGAAAGGCAUUGGUACACUUUCUGAAUUGUGCAACAAGUUGCAAGAAACGGGAAAAUCAAGAAAUUAUCACAUGGUUGAUAGAUUAAUACGUCUUGUUUUAACUCUACCAGAGUCUACAGCAACAACAGAAAGAGCUUUUUCAGCAAUGAAAAUUGUUAAGACAAGACUCCGAAGUAAGAUGGCUGAUGAAUUUCUUGCAGACAAUAUGGUCAUCUAUAUAGAGAAAGAAUUAGCAGCUAUUUUCGACACAAAUUCAAUUAUAGAUGAUUUUGAAAAUAGAAAAAAAACGUCGAAUAGCCUUUUCAUGAUAUAA